GAUGUAAAUGCAAAAUUAUCAUUAUAUGUGUGUGCAGUUGUUCAUUUCCUUUGAUUGAAAAAGGGUUAGAAAUAGAAGCAGGCACUUAGGUGAGCCUCGAAAUUGGUGUGCACAAAUGUGUAUAUAUUUCCACAUGUUCGUGUUUUUGCAUACCAGUAGUUUAUAUCCGUUCGUGUUACCCACGUGCACACAACUGAGUAUUUGCCGCACGCCAAGCAGCGUAGAGGCUGAAUUUGUAAAUUCAGAAAAAAUACUCCGCAGAAAUGGUGUAAACGCUCAAGUGGAAAAUUUUUUUAUAUAUCAUAAAAAGUGCUUAAGAACGCAUGACGAAGUAGAUGAAUAGAAAUUUUACAUGUGAGCCUCUUUCUGUGGCAUUUAAAAUUUGGGAAGUUUCUUUGUUGUCUUAUGUUCAUACUCCCAGAUUUAAUCUUUCCAUUUCUGCUCAGGCAGCUGUGCACUAGUGUAGAUGAAAUUUAUUUUAUCUGAGUAAAUUUUUACCUACAUUAUCAGUUUAGUGUGUGAAUAAAUUUACGGAUUGCUGUCCAAUUUAAAUAUUUUUUUUUGUUCACUCAAUUUGAAAAUUCACUUUUGGAAACUACCCCUACAUUUGCCUUUUCGUCUACCGUUAAUACAAAUUUUGUAUAAGUGUUUGCGCGGAAAAAAAAAAGAACCCAGUUUUACAUGCGUACAUAUGUGUGUACAAUUAUAAGAGUAGACGAAGGUGUAAAGUGAUAAAUUGCGCUGCGAUUUUAUGCAUUCUUUAGAGAGAAAACAAACGAGCGAACAAACGAACAGCCAAACAAUUAGCCAACAUAACGUAAGAAACAUUUUCCCUAACUUUGCGCAUAAUGGCAGAUGACAAAGGAGCAUAUUUAACUUUUGACAAUGCGUCCAAUGGAUCGCUAUUCAUUGUGUGGAGAAAGGAGAAAGUGGACAACGCCCUCAUGUUUAUAAGGCCAACAAAGGCGGUGGCUGAAUUUAAAUUCUCGAGCAACAGUGGGAAGUCAGAGCUGAUCAGGAAUUUACAGUCUGACAAGAAGCUGUUUUUUUCGGGGCUUUGCCAGUUCAUCAAAGAGGCGAGGGACAUCAAAGGAGUGGUGACUUUGCUGUCGCACUUUAAUGACACUUUCCCGAUAAAAGUGAAUGUCUAUUUUUUAAAAGGGAACAAUGUUGUGCCCCUUAGCGUCGGUGUGCCUUUCGACCUAGAUGGAGUCGACGCAGUGAGCGUUUUACCACAGGGAUCGAGUUCGUUGCAAGUCAAAACGAUGAAGAAGGAUAUGUUUGUGAGUAGGGGAAAUUCGGAGGGGGCUAGUGUUUCCUUCUAG